CUCUAAGUAAUUUCGUGCUCCGUGCGCGGCUUUGAUGGAUCCAGCGACGACGAUGGCCCGGCCGCGCAAGAAGUCGCGGCAGUCCGGCUCUGGCCUGCCUCGUCCGCGCAAGAAGUCGCGGCAGUCCGGCUCUGCCCGUGCUGGGCAACCGAAACAGAGGGAUGCACUCAAGGAGCAGAGGUUGCCUGCUAGAGGAUAUGAGUUGCCGGUGACCAAAAACCCGUCGGUGCAGUUGGAUGUAGUAGGGCCGACGGGGAAUCCUGCCUCCAGCGGCCUGGCAGCGCUCGCCGUCGGGCUCGCGAGACGCCUUGCCGAUGGAAGCGUGGAUGACAACCUAGUCUUCUCGCCGUUGUCCAUCUACACCGCUCUGGCGCUCCUGGCCGCCGGCGUCCCCCGCAUAGCAUUCGCGUGUGGCAUCUGGAGCGACCUGACGCGGCGUCUGAAGCCGGCCUUCCGUGAGGCCGUCGUGGGCACGUACAAGGCCGAGGUCAACACCGUCGACUUCCGCGGCGCGCCGGAGGCGGCACGGAGGCAGAUCAACGCGUGGGCGGCUCAGGUGACGAGGGACCUCAUCGACUCGGUCCUCCCGCCGGGGUCGAUAAGCCCGGCGACUCAUGUAGUGCUCGGCAACGCCAUGUACUUCAAGGGCAAGUGGGAGGACCAGCCAUUCGACAAGAGGCACACCGCACACGAUCCAUUUUACCGGCUCGACCGCAGCCAGGUCGACGUGCCCUUCAUGCAGAGCCGGGCGUCACAGCUCGUCGCCGUGCAUGACGGGUUCAAGGUACUCCAACUCCCGUACAAGAUGGCGGCGCCAGAUGACCAGUGGGCAGGCAACACUCAACCAUCCAACUCUGAUCAUACGCAGUUCUCGAUGUGCAUCUUCCUCCCGGACGCCCACGACGGCCUGUUUGGGCUUCUGGACAAGAUAGCGUCCCGUCCUGGGUUCCUACAGGACCACCUGCCGGAGGAGUAUAUCACCCUCGGGGAGUUUCGGGUGCCAAAGUUCAAGCUGUCCUUCUACAGCAGCGUGGUCGCCGUCCUCAGGAAGCUGGGGCUUCAACUGCCAUUCUGCCUGGAAGGCGACCUAUCUGACAUGGUGGAGGACGACGGCUCUGGCUUGCCGAUUGUAGUGGAGGAUGUCAUCCACAAGGCCGUCGUCGAAGUAAACGAGGAAGGUACUGAAGCCGCUGCCGUCACUAUGGUCAAGGCGGCUAAAGGAUGCGCACGAAGUAGGUGGAGGCCGCCUCCUCCACAAGUGGAUUUCAUCGCCAACCAUCCGUUUGCUUACUACAUAGUGGAGGAGGCAACCGGCGCGGUUGUCUUUGCGGGGCAUGUUGUCGACCCCUCCAAGGAGUAA